CUCGCGGCAGCUAAAGUGCAGCAACUCUCGCGUUAUUUGUUGACGCCAGUGGGCGCAGGCCUCUGCCUGCUUCUGGCGGGCCUUUUUAGCUCUACUUGCAGCCGUCGCCACUCUGUUACCCUGAACCGCCGGGCUAGGGCAGCAGUAUGACGUCCGCCUUGGAGAACUACAUCAACCGAACUGUUGCUGUUAUUACUUCUGAUGGGAGAAUGAUUGUGGGAACACUGAAAGGUUUUGAUCAGACCAUUAAUUUGAUUUUGGAUGAAAGCCAUGAACGUGUAUUCAGCUCUUCCCAAGGAGUAGAACAAGUAGUACUAGGGCUGUACAUCGUGAGAGGUGACAACGUUGCUGUCAUUGGAGAAAUUGAUGAAGAGACUGAUUCUGCACUUGAUUUGGGGAAUAUUCGAGCAGAACCUCUGAACUCCGUUGCACAUUGAGGAAAAACUACAUUCAUUGGACAUUGUAAAUCUUUGUACAGGAACUGAUUAUUCUGAGGAUAAUGUGUGGAAUUUUUUUAUGAAGAUGUAAUUGUGGAUUUUGACUAUUGAUUCACUGUAAUAUGUAAAUUAAAAUAUUUCUACAUUUUAUUGAAGAGAA